AUGGCUGGAGUCGCAAACGGUGCGUCCUCGACAGAUGCGGCACCUCCGCAGCUUCAAGAUCCUGGGUCAUACCCUCUGGCCGCACAGAUUCCCCUGAAGGAAUUCCAGCUCCCAGACUUCCCUCCGCAUGCUUCUCGUCUGAGAGAACUCACGUUCACCGCCGACAUCAAGCUCGACGAGUACCAAACCAUGGUGCAGACCCAUAGCGACGCCAUCGUGACUCAAGCACCACUGCCAGAUCUGCCGAAAUCCAUCACGCAUCUUACCUUUGAGCUCUUUGGGUUGGGCUUCCCUGGCACACCACCCUUUCUGACUCGACUUGCCCGCUCCUUGCCAAAUGUUCGGAGUGUCACAUUCUUCAGCUGCUUGAUCGACGGUCUUGAUGAGGCGUCCCGAAAGGAUGCAGAAAAGUUUUUCGAGUGUCUGCCGAAUCUGCAAGAACUGCAUAUCAUUGAUUCAUUCGCACGACCCGGGUUUUUCAAGAGUGUGGGUGCGAUCCUCGAAGAUCGUGCCAAGGGGAGCGCUGGUGAGGGAUUGAAACUUGUCGAAGUCAGCUACACGUUUCGUGGACACGAAGACAGCGACUUCCUAGCCCGAGUGCAAGGAGAGGAACUGCCCAACCUUAUUGUCAAGGGCCUGGUGGGUGCCAGCUUUGACUUUGUCCCUGAACGGCAGGAUCAGCUCGCCGAAGACGCUGAGGCGGCUGAAGGGGAAGCCGGGAAAGAGAAGAAGGCCGUCAACGAAGGGAUUCUGCCGUUUGCCAGCGACGGACGAGCACCUACCGCGGCGAGGAAGAGGUUCGAGAGUCUGAGCUUUGGAGGCCAGUUGAAGAGCUUGAAGAUCCUGAAUUUGGCCAUGUGGUCGCUCCGUCCCGUCGAGGUGGGUGAGGUGGCCUAUGCAUGUGCGGGAGGCGAGCAACCUGGUCUGGUCGACAUCACCGUCAGCGUUCUUCUCGAAGAAGGCUGGGCCAGCAAAUUGGCCGAAGGUCUGCAGUAUAAGGGAGUGGCUUCGGUGUUGGAGGGGAUCGAGAUUGUCGGAGUGCCCGACAAAGCCAAGGAGGAAGGGGAGGACUGGAAAUCUGGUCUGGCCGUGGCGAGCCUGGCCGAUGUCGAGAAGAUUGCCGCCGGGUGUCCGAAGCUCGGCAAGUUUGGAAUGAGCAUCCUCAAGGUGAAGAGUGCGCCGAACGUGAUAUUCCUAAAGGAGGGAGGUUCCUGGGUGCAACGAUAA